AUGAUCUCAACGGCUCAGCGUCCCUCUUCGGCUCCAACUCUCUCUCCGUACUCCUCACCUCCCUCUGUGGCCUGCUCCGAGACCGGUCCCCCUGGGCCUGAGGGCCCAGCCUGGAACACCCGCAGUAAACAGCGGCCAGAGGACCCGGUCGUCACUCUCCCUCUCCGUCCCUAUGGGCCCACUAUAAGUGAUGGGACAGCGGAGGGAGAAAUGCCGGCCCUUCAAUACUGGCCAUUCUCAUCCUCAGACUUAUACAACUGGAAAAAUAAUAACCCCUCUUUCUCCGAUGACCCCUCUAAGUUAACAGGCCUAAUGGACUCACUCAUGUUCUCUCACCAACCCACAUGGGAUGACUGCCAACAACUAUUGGGGGUCCUGUUCACCACCGAGGAAAGAGAUCGAAUCCUUCUCGAAGCCCGAAAAAAGGUUCCAGGAGAUGAUGGCAGACCCACCCAGAGACCCGAUCGAAUUGACGAUCUUUUCCCGCUAAAGCGCCCCGACUGGGACCCCAACUCUCCUGACGGUAGGCAGCAUCUUUCCAUCUAUCGCCAGACUCUAAUGGCGGGUCUCUGGCCGCCCGCAAGGCGCCCUACCAAUUUGGCCAAGGUAAGAGAAAUAACUCAAGGGCCCACUGAGACUCCCUCAGUUUUUCUAGAACACCUGAUGGAGGCUUACCGACGGUACACGCCUUUUGACCCUGAAGAUGAAGGCCGACAGGGCUCAAUCGCCAUGGCCUUCAUAGGGCAAUUGGCUCCUGAUAUAAGACGUAAGCUCCAAAGGCUAGAUGGUCUACAAGACCUAACCCUGAGGGAUCUCGUUAAGGAGGCUGAAAAAGUCUAUUAUAAACGAGAGACAGAAGAGGAAAAGGAGUUAGCCAGAGACAAAAGACGAAACAAGGAAUUGACAAAGGUGUUGGCCACAGUUAUCCAGGGUAAGCCUGAGACAGGAAAGGGAAAGCCCAAUCGCCCCCCAUUAGACCCUGAUCAAUGCGCAUAUUGCAAGGAGAAAGGACACCUGAUCAAAGACUGUGAAAAACUUAAAAGAAAGCGAGCCAAAGAGGAACGAGAAAAGCAGUCCUCACAGUGGCAGCGAGCCCCCAUGCUCGCCUUAGAUGAAGAGGAUUAGGGACUUCGGGGCUCGGUUCCCCUCCCCGAGCUCAGGGUAACAUUUAAGGUAGAGGGGACUCCCGUGGAAUUUGAGGUUGACACAGGAGCUGUUUACUCUGCCCUUCAGGCCCCCUUGGGAGCCCUUUCAACCAAGAAAUCGCUAGUUCAAGGGGCUAACGGGAGCAGAUACCGCUCAUGGACCACCGAAUGCACAGUCGACCUGGGAAAAGGAAAAGUAAAACAUUCCUUCCUGGUCAUCCCAGAAUGCCCUGCUCCCCUGUUAGGAAGGGACCUGUUAACUAAAUUAGGGGCAAAGAUUUCCUUUGAGCCCCAGGGACCUCAGGUGACAUUCCGCAACCCGAAGGUUGGACAGCCCAUAGUCACAAUAUUGACUCUGAAGUUGGAAGAUGAAUAUAGGCUCUAUAAUGAUCAGAGUCUCCAACCUGUUCCUCCUGCUUGGUUAGCUGAUUUCAAAGACUCUUGGGCUGAAACGGCUGGAUUGGGACUAGCCAACCAACAGCCACCUGUAGUGAUCACUCUAAAGGCCACUGCCUCCCCCGUCCGAGUUAGACAAUACCCCAUUGGCAGAGAGGCCUACCAAGGAAUCAAGAUACAUAUACAGAGACUUUUAGAUCAGGGGGUAUUAACCCCUUGUCAAUCUGCAUGGAAUACACCACUACUCCCUGUUAAGAAGCCAGGAACCAAUGACUACAGGCCAGUACAGGACUUGAGAGAGGUCAACAAAAGGGUGGAAGACAUCCACCCCACCGUGCCAAACCCCUAUAAUCUCCUCAGUGGCUUAAACCCAUCCAGAACCUGGUACACUGUCCUAGAUUUGAAAGAUGCCUUUUUCUGCUUGCCCCUCCAUAAGGACAGCCAACCUCUGUUUGCGUUUGAAUGGACAGACCCAGACUCCAAAAUAAAUGGACAGUUGACGUGGACGCGCCUCCCCCAGGGAUUCAAGAACAGCCCAACUAUCUUUGAUGAGGCUCUCCACAAAGACCUAGCUCCAUUCCGAGCUCAGCACCCGGACCUCACUCUACUUGAUUCAGAGAAGGACUGCAACAACGGGACCCAAGAUCUCCUACGUGAGUUGGCCGCUCUGGGGUACAGAGCAUCAGCAAAAAAGGCUCAGAUCUGCAAACGAGAGGUAAUCUUCCUGGGUUACACCCUAAGGGAAGGAAAAAGAUGGCUCACUGAGCCUAGAAAACAGACUGUGGUCCAGAUCCCUCCCCCCAAAAAAGAAACUCCAGAACCAAUUCUUCAUACCUGCCAAGAUAUCCUGGCAGAGGAAACCGGGGUGCGAUCGGACCUGUUAGAUUACCCCUUGCCUGAUGCUGAGGUGACCUACUUCACUGAGGGAAGUAGCUUCUUGGUCCAAGGUAAGCAGUAUGCGGGGGCAGCCGUGACUGAUCAUUCCAAUGUUAUCUGGACAGCCAAACUAGAGGAUGGGUCCUCAGCACAAAAAGCUGAAUUGAUUGCUCUUACUAAGGCUCUAGAGCUCGCCACAGGAAAGCAGGCUAACAUCUACACGGACAGCCGAUAUGCCUUUGCAACAGCCCACAUCCAUGGGGCCAUAUACCGCCAGCGGGGACUUCUGACCUCUGCAGGUAAGGAGAUAAAACACAAACAGGAGAUUCUUCAACUGCUGGCUGCAGUCAUGUUACCCCAGAAGGUGGCAAUAAUACACUGUAACGGCCACCAGAGAGGAACUGAUCCCAUUAUAAAAGGAAACAACCUGGCCGACCAGGCAGCGAAAUCUGCAGCUAUGGGUAGCUCACAAAUGUUAGAGAUGUUGGUGACUGAUACCAAAAAUCCUCCUCCUAAAGAGGAAGCUCAAAUUAACCAGACCUCUGAGGUAACAGACCUGACUGCCUAUAUCCAAGAGGCCCACCAGCUCACCCACCUGGGGGUUAAAAAGCUAUGUCUGUUGGCCCAACGCCAAGACUUCCCGGGGCUAUCUCCCACUGCCACAUGGGUCGUGACUAACUGCAAGGCUUGUCAAUUAACUAAUGCCUAUCCUGCUAAGCUGGUCCCAGGCAAAAGAUUGCUCGGUUCCAGGCCUGGACAAUACUGGGAAGUAGACUUUACCGAAGUUAAACCUGCCCGGUAUGGACUUAAAUAUCUGUUAGUCUUUGUGGACACCUUUUCUGGAUGGGUCGAGGCCUUUCCUACCAAAAAGGAAACUGCUGCCGUAGUCACAAAGAAGUUGAUGGAAGAAAUUUUUCCCCGGUUCGGACUACCAAAGGUAAUAGGGUCUGAUAAUGGGCCGGGGUUUGUGGCUAAGAUCCUCUUUGGCACUCCACCCCCCAUUCGGGAUCUCACUCCCUUGGCUGAACAUUCCACCCUGUUACCAUCCUCCUUGUCUGACAGGCUCGUCGCCCUUGACCACCUACAAAAGGACUUGUGGACCCAGCUAGCCUCAGCCUACGCCCCCAGCGAAUCUCCCAUACCACAUCCAUACCAGGUAUGA